CACUACUGUGCCAGUGCGCAUGUCCGCCUGCUCAUCAAACCCAAACUGAACUGUGAAAUAAAAGUCUCCAUCUGCCGUCCCAGGCUCUGAAGUGUGUUUUUCUGCUGAUGCUUUUAUUUUGAAAGGUCUGACCGGGGUUUUUCUCCGCCUUUACCGGCUCCAGCUUGGCCGCUCUUCUGUCCUCCAGCAUCAGCACCAUCACCAUCCACGGAGGACACUGGACCCACGGAGGGAGGGGUCCUGGCCUGGGCACGGAUCCCCAAAAGGCCCCGCGGCCGCCGCUGGAUGGAGUCGGGCUGCAUUCACACAGCAAUGGCGAUGGGUCUGACAUCCAAGAGGGCGUCUGCGAGGAGCGUCGGCGUGGAGCGAAAAAACCUCAUCACGGUCUGCAGAUUUUCUGUGAAAACUCUCCUGGAAAAGUACACAGCAGAGCCCAUAGAUGACUCAUCAGAGGAAUUCAUUAACUUCGCUGCCAUUUUAGAGCACAUCCUCAGCCACCGUUUCAAAGGUUCAGGAAGCUGGUUCAGCUCUGAUGGGCAGCGCAGUUUCUGGGAAUACAUCCGGCUGGCGUGCAGUAAGGUGCAGAACAACUGCAUCGCCAGCAUCGAAAACAUAGAGAACAUCAGCACAUCGAGAGCCAAGGGCCGGGCCUGGAUACGAGUGGCGCUGAUGGAGAAGCGUUUGUCUGAAUACGUGUCCACUGCCCUGAGGGACACCAGAACCACCAGGAGGUUUUACGAUGAUGGAGCCAUUAUGCUGAGAGAGGAGGCCACGGUUCUGACCGGUAUGCUGAUCGGACUGAGCGCCAUCGACUUCAGUUUUUGCUUAAAGGGGGAGACUCUGGAUGGGAAAUCUGCAGCUGUGAUUGACUACACCCCCUACCUGAAGUUCACUCAGAGCUACGAUUAUCUGAGCGAUGAGGAGGACCGCCGCAGCGUCGACAGCAGUAACAGCGAAGAGAGCGUCCCCGAGCAUCCCUACAUCCCCCUGGUGACGGACGAGGAGAGCUGGAGCAACAAGUGUCGCAAGAUGGAGCAGAGGUUUAAGAUCGUCUACGCCCAGAAGGGGUACCUGGAGGAGCUGGUUCGCCUCCGAGAGUCUCAGCUGAAGAACGUGGAGUCGGAGAACAAGCGUCUGAGGGCGAAGGUGGAGGAGCUGACGGUGCAGAGUCAACAGGAGAAGAAGGAGCUGGAGGCCAUUGUACUGGAGCUGCAGGCUCAGCUUUCCGCUCUGAUGCCCUGUGAUUCAUCCCAACUGGCCAAAGACCUGUCCAUCCCACUGGCCAACCACUGGUCCGCCGUCACAAACAACCAGGGCCACGUCAAGCUGUUCCGCAGGAGGAGUUUCCACAGUUUAGAACAGCUUUCUGCAGAAGUCAGUUUGAACUCGGACUCUCAGAAAACUGAAGGGAGGCAGAACGGAGACGCUGCGUGGACUUCAGCAGCUGUGUCAGUCGCUGACAGGACUGCAGCCCGCCCACCCAAACCCACCAUUCGCAGAACCCUGUCCCUGGACACCAUCAUCGGACCCUACCUGCAGGGCCAGUGGCCCAAAGAGGCCGAGGGGGCGGCGGUCAGCUGUGUCAACGACAAAGCCACACAGACUCCUAGUUCCUGGGCAGAGGAGACCAGAGGACGGAGACAUGCCAGUGGACAUAAGAGAUCAGCGUCAUGGGGAAGUGCAGAACACCUCCGAGAGGUGGCCAAACUGAGGCAUCAGCUGCAGAAACGCUCCCGUCACGCCCCUCCGUCGUCAGGAUAUGAGCUCCCCCAUCCCCCGCUGCCCACAGCUCAUUCAGCUGGCAUCACUCAGACGCGGCAGCUGAUGCCUCUGAACAGACUCGCUCCUCGGCUUCGUCGUAGCGUCGAAGGCCUGAAUCUGGAGCUGGAAGAGGUGUUUGUGUCUGAGAAACCUGACGACCAGCACGAGAUCCUGGACAUCCCAGACGGACACCGGGCUCCGGUCCCGGCCCAGAGAUGCAGCAGUGGUUCUCAAAGCGAGCCGUCUCCUGGACCUUUGGACCCGUCCCUCCUGUCCCCGUCCCAGUCCCCGUCCCCCUGUCCUCUAGAUCCAUCACUGCUGUCCCCGUCACACUCCCCUGGUCCUCUAAACCCAGGUCUACUGUCCCCGACCCAGUCCCCCUGCCUCAUGGGAGAACCAGAACCCGUGGACUGUGAGACUCUGUGUUCUCCGUCUACUACUCUUCCUUCGUUUGCACUCGAGCCCCCUCUGCUCCAGCCCUGCUCCCCCGCCCCUCGACCCAACAAAACCUACUCCUUCCAGCGUGAACCUCCGGAGGGCUGUGAACUAGUCCGAGUGUGUGAGGAGGCCAUGGCUUCCUGUGCGGACGAGCCCCUCCUCACGGCUUCCUGCCCUGACCCCAAUAAAGUCAACUUCACCCCCCACGGAGGCUCUGCGUUCUGCCCCGUCAGCCUCCUGAAGCCCCUCCUGCCCUCCAUGGACCUCCUUUUCCGUGGCCUGUCAGUGUCUCCCGUCACCGGCUGCACAGGCCAGGCCUCUCCCACAAGGCACCUGGGCAUGCAGUGAGGUGGGCGAGUGGGGCGGAGCCUGUCAGGACUAAAUCACACUCCGCUGCCCGGAAAGUGGUCUGGACCAGGACGAACUGUUGAUGAACAGGGUGACGGAGGAAGCCUCGGUGUCCGAUCACUGCUGAAAAAUGUGUUGUCAUCAGACUUGAGGCUGGUUUUGUUGAACGCAGCUUCGGCUGUUUUAUUGUUUUUUUUUCUCCACCUGCUUGGACUGAGCUGAUAAACGCUCCAUCAGCGCUUACAUUUGACCAGUAUUACCUCUGAAAAGCAGUUCAAGUUCACAUCUGCAAUGACGUCUGGACUCAGUUUUCAGUCCGAUGCAGCAGAUGUGUUUUCAUUCUUACUGAUGAACGAGUGACUCUUAAAAAGCCUCUUAAAACACAAACUGACAUGAGUGUUACUGUGUUUCCUGUUCAUUACAUGCUAGUAAAGCAUUUAGAUAUCCUUUCAUUUUAAGUUGUGAAGUUACUAAAUAAAAACAUUUGUUCCUCAAAUGUCAUAAUUUCUGUUUUGUUAAGGAGAAUUACUGCUUUGUCAGCCUGCAUUUGAUGAUACGGUACUUUUUCUUUAUGCAUUUCUUGGAAGAUCUAUAUUUUUUUAUCUGUAAAGAAUGAACAAGUUUCUGUUUUUGUAUUCACAUAAAAAAAAUCAUCUUUCUGUUUAUACCUAGCUAUAAACAGAUGUUUAAGUAGCUUUAUUUGCCCACAGUGGCCACUGUUUGUACCAAAUUGUUCUUUUUGUUCAUUUAAGUGACUAUUUGGCUUCUGGUUAUUAUUUGUUUUGAUAUGACAGUUGAUAUGUUGAACUGUCAAUGUUUGGUUGAUAUUGUUCAUUUGGAUAAAACAUUGUCUUUACAGCACUGAUUAAAACAGUAAACGCUUAAAAAAAUAGCAUUUUCUGAUUAAAAGCUUGCAUUUAUCUGUU